CGAGAGCUUUGUUUAUUAUUUUCAGCCCAAAGUUCGAACAUAAACAACGCCCCCAAACAAACGAUGAGUUCGGAUAAAGAGAUGAUUUUGCAAUUUGCACCUUGGGAAUCCUUUGUGUCGCCCACUUUUUGGCACAAGCUGGCCGAACUUAAACUGGACCAUGAUCGCCUGUCCGACUCAAAACGAUCUAUAACUGGACACUACACAAACCGAAAUGCUAGUGGUUGUCUUCUGGAAGUGGACUAUACGGCCUAUAACAAGACGGCACAGCCCCCGAAAUUCAGUCAUUCCGCCAUCGGGACUAUCUACAACAAGAACACAAUCGAAGAGUUCAAGGCCCUGGACAAAUUACAACUGCUAGCCGAUGAGGGCAAGGAACUCCUAGCUGAUAUGUGCAGUGGUGCGGCGUUGAACGAUCCCAGUCUGUUGACCCGGUUCUUUGUUCUCUCCUUUGCCGAUUUGAAGAGCCACAGCUAUUAUUAUUGGUUCGCCUUUCCCUGCCCCCUAACGCCCACUUUAAAACUGCAGAGUGCCGUCCAAAAGCUAUCGGAUUUAUCAGGUUAUCUUAACUAUACAGAGGCUUUAAAAUCCCUCCAGGCUGAAUUACAGAACUUUUUCAUCCUAUAUGCCAAUGAAGAGCAGAAGAUUUUUGAAGUCCGUAAUUUAAAUUCCUUGGACGAUAAGGAUGUAGAGCACUACUAUUUUGGGUUUUCAGAUCCAAGCGAGUACGAGCAUCCAGCUUGGUUAAUGCGAAACUACGCUGCAUUUCUGUUCCAGCAAUGUCCCUCAUUUAUUGGCAAACCCCUUAAGUUUCUGGGCCUUCGAUACAACCAGCAAAUGAAAAUGGAUGACAGCCGUAUAUGGAAGGUGAUUCAAACAGAAGGGUGUGACUUAAGUCAAACUAAGGAAGUGAAAUUUGUGGGCUGGGAGUUCAAUAAAAAUGGAAAAAUGGGCCCGAGAAUGGUCUGCAUGAGGGACAGCAUGGAUCCCGCCAAACUCGCUGAGAACUCUGUAAAUCUCAACCUGAAACUUAUGAAGUGGCGCUUGGUUCCUGAUCUGAAUCUAGAAGUCAUUUCCAAAACCAAGUGCCUGCUGUUUGGAGCUGGUACACUAGGUUGUGCUGUGGCUAGAAACCUCUUGUCCUGGGGAUUCAAGAACAUUACCCUGCUGGAUAAUGGCAAGAUUGGAUUUUCUAAUCCAGUUCGUCAGAAUCUCUACACACAUGCAGAUGCCGUGGCGGGCAAUCGAAUGAAGGCCACCACUGCUGCCCAGAGAUUGCGGGAGAUCAAUCCCUCUGCGGAGACGUCGGGUCAUGUACUAGAGAUUCCCAUGCCUGGACACACUAUUGGGGAAUCGCUGUUUGCUCAGACAAAAGAGCAUUUGCAGGUUAUAGAACAGCAGGUGCAAGACCAUGAUGUCAUCUUUCUGCUCACAGAUUCACGCGAAAGCCGCUGGCUACCCACCCUACUGGGGGCGGCCAAUGAAAAGAUUGUCAUCAAUGCAGCACUUGGCUUUGAUAGCUACCUGGUAAUGCGACAUGGCUCUACUCGCCAGGAGGCUGGCGAUAGUGGCAAAGAGAUUGAGGGUCUGAAGUGCAUCAAUGGCGGUCAAUUAGGAUGCUAUUUCUGCAACGAUGUCACUGCCCCAGGAAAUUCUCUUAAAGACCGUACCUUGGACCAACAAUGCACCGUAACCCGACCUGGAGUAUCCAACAUUGCAGCUAGUUAUGCCGUAGAGUUGCUGGUUGCUUUACUUCAGCAUCCUCAAAAGGAACUGGCACCGGCCUAUUAUGCCCAAAGUGGGCGUGGCAAAGCGGAGGAAGCAGCUGGAAAGGUUCCAGAAGGUCUACUGGGUAUACUGCCUCACUCCAUUCGAGGAAUGCUAUGCAAUUAUGAGAAUAUUCUGCCAGCUACUCAAAAGUUUGCUCAGUGCAUCGCGUGCUCAGCGUCCGUUUUGAAUGCUUACAAAAAAGAGGGUCACGCUUUUCUCUUUAAAACUUUCGAAACAGCCAAAUAUCUAGAGGAUUUGACUGGAAUCUCAGAAUUCAAGCGACUAAACAGCGAGAUAAUUGAUUUUGAUGAUGACGAAUUCGAUAUGUCCGAGGAGGAUGAAGAUUAACCUGCAUUCAGUAAAUAAACAUCUCCAAUUCUGCCUUUAAAACCGUAUAAAACUUAUGAAAUCCAGCUUACUGAGGCUUCUUAAUUAGAACCUUGCAGUUCUUGCAGAAUUUAUUACUUAAGCUUUUAAAGCAUUUAGAGUUAAAUGUCUAAACCAAAAACGUUCGUGUAACCGAUGUAUUUAUGUAUUUUGUCUAGUCUUUAAGAACUUUAUGAAUCAAUCAAGUGAAAUUAAUGGGGAAAUAAAUAUAAAAAUUGUUAAUUCAAA